GGCCGGGGCAGGAGGCGGCGCGCGGCGGCGGGGGCGCCCCCAAGAUGGCGGAUCAGAUCCCGCUGCACCCGGUGCCGCGCAGCGCCCAGCGGAGAGAGGCCUAUUACACCGGCGCCGCCGCGGCGCAGCGGCACAACAGGUACCAAGUGGAAGAUGAGUCCUCUCAUUUGGAUGAAAUGCCACUAAUGAUGUCAGAAGAAGGCUUUGAAAAUGAUGAGAGCGACUACCAUACUCUACCAAGAGCCAGAGUUUCUCAGAGAAGAAGAGGCUUAGAAUGGUUUAUCUGUGGUGGCUGGAAGUUCCUUUGCACUAGUUGUUCUGAUUGGCUCAUAAACAUUUGCCGAAGAAAGAAAGAGCUGAAGGCUCGCACAGUGUGGCUUGGGUGUCCUGAAAAAUGUGAAGAAAAGUACCCCAAAAAUGCCAUAAAAAAUCAAAAAUACAACGUCUUUACCUUUAUACCUGGGGUUUUAUAUGAACAGUUCAAGUUUUUCUUGAAUCUCUAUUUUCUCGUCGUGUCCUGCUCACAGUUUGUGCCAGCAUUGAAGAUAGGCUACCUGUACACGUACUGGGCUCCUCUGGGAUUUGUUCUGACGGUCACGGUGGUGCGGGAAGCUGUUGAUGAAUUUCGACGUUACAAGAGAGACAAGGAAAUGAACUCACAGUUAUAUAGCAAGCUGACAGUACGAGGUAAAGUGCAAGUUAAGAGUUCUGACAUACAAGUUGGAGACCUCAUCAUAGUGGAAAAGAAUCAGCGAAUCCCAUCUGACAUGGUGUUUCUCAGAACAUCGGAAAAAACUGGUUCGUGUUUCAUCCGAACUGACCAGCUGGAUGGGGAAACAGACUGGAAACUGAAGGUUGCUGUCAGCUGCACACAGAGAUUGCCAGCUUUGGGGGAUCUCUUUUCCAUCAAUGCUUAUGUUUAUGCUCAGAAGCCCCAGCUUGAUAUUCACAGUUUUGAGGGCACCUUCACACGGGAAGACAGUGAUCCAGCAGUUCAUGAAAGCCUAAGCAUAGAAAAUACAUUAUGGGCAAGCACUGUUGUUGCUUCAGGAACUGUAAUUGGUGUUGUCAUUUACACAGGCAAGGAAACCCGAAGUGUAAUGAACACAUCCAAUCCAAAAAAUAAGGUUGGCCUGCUGGACCUGGAGUUGAAUCAGCUAACCAAAGCCCUGUUUUUGGCUUUAGUUGCACUAUCAGUCGUUAUGGUAACCUUGCAAGGAUUCGUAGGCCCGUGGUAUCGCAACCUUUUCCGGUUCCUCCUCCUGUUUUCCUAUAUCAUCCCCAUCAGUUUACGUGUGAACUUGGACAUGGGUAAGGCAGCCUAUGGGUGGAUGAUUAUGAAGGAUGACAAUAUUCCUGGCACAGUUGUUCGCACGAGCACCAUUCCAGAAGAGCUGGGACGAUUGGUGUAUUUGCUUACGGAUAAAACAGGAACGCUCACACAGAACGAGAUGAUAUUUAAGCGUCUCCACCUAGGUACCGUGUCCUACGGAACAGACACAAUGGAUGAAAUUCAGAGUCAUAUUAUAAACUCUUAUUCACAGGUGCACUCUCAGAACAGCGUUGGCAGCACGAGCUCCACGCCGUCGCGGAAGCCGCAGUCGUGCGCGCCCAAGGUGCGCAGGAGCGUCAGCAGCCGCAUCCAGGAGGCCGUCAAGGCCAUCGCGCUCUGCCACAACGUCACCCCCGUCUACGAGUCCCGGGCCGGCGCCUCUGCAGAAACAGAGUAUGCAGAGGUGGACCAGGACUUCAGCGAUGAGAACCGGACUUACCAGGCUUCCAGCCCUGAUGAGGUAGCUCUGGUGCAGUGGACAGAGAGUGUGGGUCUCACUCUGGUUAGCAGGGACUUGACCUCCAUGCAGCUGAAGAGCCCCGGGGGCCACAUUCUGACCUACUACAUCCUGCAGAUCUUCCCCUUCACCUCCGAGAGCAAGCGCAUGGGCAUCAUCGUCAGGGAUGAAUCGUCAGGAGAAAUUACGUUUUACAUGAAGGGUGCAGAUGUUGCCAUGUCCACUAUUGUGCAGUACAACGAUUGGUUAGAAGAAGAGUGUGGGAACAUGGCACGAGAAGGGCUGCGCACACUGGUCGUUGCCAAAAAGUCGCUGACGGAAGAACAGUAUCAAGAUUUUGAGAGUCGAUAUAACCAAGCAAAGUUAAGCAUACACGACAGAAACCUGAAGGUUGCCGCUGUUGUAGAGAGUUUGGAGCGAGAAAUGGAAUUGCUGUGUCUCACUGGAGUGGAAGACCAGCUGCAAGCAGAUGUUAGACCAACUCUAGAGAUGCUGAGAAAUGCUGGAAUAAAGAUAUGGAUGUUAACAGGAGACAAGCUGGAGACAGCAACUUGCAUUGCCAAAAGUUCCCACUUAGUGUCCAGGUCUCAAGAUAUUCACAUUUUCAGACCUGUUACCACUCGAGGGGAGGCUCACUUAGAACUAAAUGCCUUUAGAAGGAAGCAUGACUGUGCCUUGGUGAUAUCUGGGGACUCCCUUGAGGUUUGUCUCAAGUAUUACGAGCAUGAGUUUGUAGAGCUGGCCUGUCAGUGCCCCGCUGUCGUGUGCUGCCGCUGCUCCCCCACCCAAAAAGCCCACAUUGUGAAGCUGUUACAGCACCACACCGGGAAACGCACGUGUGCAAUAGGUGAUGGAGGAAAUGAUGUCAGCAUGAUCCAAGCUGCAGACUGUGGAAUUGGAAUUGAAGGCAAGGAGGGAAAACAGGCUUCCCUAGCAGCUGACUUCUCUAUCACACAGUUUAAACACAUAGGUAGGCUGCUGAUGGUACACGGCCGAAAUAGUUACAAAAGAUCAGCAGCACUGGGUCAAUUUGUCAUGCACAGAGGCCUUAUUAUUUCAACUAUGCAGGCUGUAUUUUCAUCAGUCUUCUAUUUUGCAUCUGUUCCCUUGUACCAAGGAUUCCUAAUGGUAGGGUAUGCAACCAUAUAUACCAUGUUUCCAGUCUUCUCUCUAGUAUUGGAUCAGGAUGUGAAGCCAGAAAUGGCGUUGCUAUAUCCAGAACUUUAUAAGGAUCUCACAAAGGGAAGAUCUUUGUCAUUUAAGACCUUCCUCAUCUGGGUUUUAAUCAGUAUUUACCAAGGUGGUAUUCUGAUGUAUGGAGCCCUGCUGCUUUUUGAAUCUGAGUUUGUACAUGUCGUUGCCAUUUCCUUCACUGCCCUCAUCCUGACUGAGCUCUUGAUGGUGGCACUGACCAUACGAACGUGGCACUGGUUAAUGGUGGUGGCUGAAUUCCUCAGUCUUGGCUGCUAUGUGGCCUCUCUUGCAUUUCUAAAUGAAUACUUUGGUAUAGGCAGAGUGUCUUUUGGAGCUUUCUUAGAUGUUGCCUUUAUCACAACUGUGACCUUCCUGUGGAAAGUGUCAGCAAUCACUGUUGUAAGCUGUCUUCCACUUUACAUUCUCAAGUACUUGAAGCGCAAGUUCUCUCCUCCAAGUUACUCCAAGCUUACCUCGUAAAAGUCCUUAUAUCCCUCUGGUUUUUCACUCACACCAGUCUGCAAAUUGCACUGUGCGGCUUUAGUGUCUAUGGAUUGAUGUGGGACUGAAGUUAAAAGAACCAACCAGUAAUGAAAAGUGAUAGAGCGAAUAGAGCACAAAAAGAGGAGGAAGCAUCUGACAGGUACAAUAACACAGGAGCACUCUAACAAGACUAUCUGAGACAAACUGAGUUUUCUUCAUGUUCAUCUUUUUUGGUUUUUUACUUUCAGUUGCUAUGUUAUAAAAUAAAACUGAAAUACCUUUGAUUUGACAAUGCCUCUGAAUGGUUUCAUUGCUGCUGUAAAGGAUUUUUUCCUACUCUACUCAUCUUCUGCAAGCUGAAAGUUUCGUUAUUUAUUACAUAACCUCCCAUCUUUACUUAUUCCAUGACUCCCUAAUUCAGGUCCUUUCCUUUAAUGUUUAUAUAUGGAAAAGUUAAUUUGUCCAUACUGACUAUAACACACCUAAUACCUGUAAAUGCCUGUGUCUGUACUAGCAGCUAACUGUUAUUCCUCAUCAGACGUUGAGUAAUAUGCACUGUUUGAAUUAUGUACAGAUGUCUGCAUAGCACAGUGUUCUUUUAGGAGCUGUUGUCCUACUCUGUACUCUCCAUUUCUGGCACCAGUGAAUUACAGACGUGUGAUGCUGCCAGCAGUUCUUUAAAUGCACAUUACAGCCAGGUUGCACAAAAGCUGUUUAAAGGAUAAGCGAUGAAUUCUGUACGUAAUUCCACUCACCGCGCCUGUUGAUCUGUACAGGUAUCAAAGACAUGGCUGCUCAGUAAAUAUGUUUUCAGAUUCCUGUUCAUUAUGUAUUUGUAAAGCUGCAAAUAGUGUCAGAGUACAUCUCUAUAUAUGAGAAGUCCAGUAAACCUUGUAUUAGCUAAUAUGUUUAAAUUGCCUUGUAAUCUGUUUACUUAGGUUACUCAGGUAAAAGAAAAUAAGCGGGCCACAUGAACAUCACUAUGGUAGGAAAAUCUGUCAUCUUCCAAGUUGUAAAUGUAAUGGUUUAUAACUUCGUUCAGGUGCAGACUCAUUUAAAGAAUGACCACAGGAUUUUUGCUGGUUGUAGACUGUCAGGGUUGAGUGUCUUGGCUGAGGUGUUGAUGCUUUACGGUGGGUGAAGAUUUCUUCCAGGAACUCAGAUGCUCUGAUACAGUCUGAAGGGUCCAAAUCUUGUCUACUGUACUGGGAAGCAGGACGUAUGAUUGCAGCUUUCCAUGGAGGUAUAACUUUGCUUUCUCAAGAAGUACACGUAACGAAUUUGGCACAGUCUGUUAAUGAGUGGAAAGGAGCAGCAGAACUAUCCACGCUUAGUUUAUUAAAUAGUAACAUUUCUGGUUUUUAAAAACACUUAAUAUGGGUGUCAUCUUUGUUAUUUCCCACAGAAUUCCUUGUUCAGUCUCCUAUAACUUUGCCCUUAUGUCGUUGCUUUAUUGGACGAUUUAAUGUUUAAGCGAUAAACACAGCUGCAUCCUGGGAGAGCAGAGGAAACUGCUGCAGAGCUGUUUGGACUCCACUCCAUUAAUUUUUGGGUUGAAAGUUUUUCUUACUAGCUAUUUAUCUGCUUUUUUUAAAAGAAAUUAUUUUCAUUCCUCAUUAUAAAAGCA